AGUUUAAGGCGGGGCAAGUGUUGCCUGGCACGAAGCCGCCCCAUAUUUAUUUCUCUACACAAUGCCUCGUGUUCUCCACUCUUCCCAAAGAAAAAGCAAAUAGUCUCCGCUCCAUAGCAAAGGAAGAAGAAGUUGAAAAGAAAAUGGAAGAAUCUAAGAAAGAAAUGUUGAUGAUCCAAAAAUGGCUUAAUCAACACAAUGAACUCUACACUUCGGCCACCAGACACCCAUUUACUCUUAGCAUUCGUGAUGGCUCUGUUGACUUCUCUUCCUUCAAACGAUGGCUGGGACAAGAUUAUAUAUUUGUUAGAGCCUUUGUUCCUUUCGUAGCAAGUUUACUGUUGAAAGCUUGGAAGGAGUCUGAUGACGAUUCGGACAUAGAGGUCAUUUUAGGUGGUAUUGCUGCGCUGAACGACGAGAUAUCAUGGUUCAAGAGAGAAGCAUCUAAGUGGAGUGUUUCAUUGUCCAGUAUUGUUCCUCAAAAGGCUAACCUGGAAUAUUGCAGAUUUUUGGAAAGCCUAAUGAGUCCUGAAGUAGAAUAUACAGUUGCUGUUACAGCCUUUUGGGCAAUCGAAACUGUCUAUCAAGAAAGUUAUGCCCAUUGCUUAUCAGAUGGCUCUAAAACCCCAGAAGAACUAAAAGAGACUUGUCAAAGAUGGGGCAAUGAUGGUUUUGGUCAAUAUUGCCAUACUCUUCAAAAUAUAGCUAAUCAUCGUCUUGAGAAGUCACCAGAAGAUGUCAUCUCAAAAGCUGAGGCAAUGGUUAUACGCGUUCUGGAGUAUGAAGUUGAGUUUUGGAACAUGAGUCGCGGGGAAACCUAAGUGCCUCUUGCCCCUCCCACCGUUGCUCAUGUAGUGGCAUUUCAAAUUGUAUGAGGUCCUCGCGUUUUGAUACAUUUUUCUUUGGUUGACAUAUGGACCAAGGAUGAUAUGUUUGUACUGUAUACAGAAACAUGCUAAGUACUUGUGUAUGCCUCGACUAUUCCAUCACUAUUUUUCUACUACCUCUCAUCAGUGGUGCUUUUCAAUGAGGUUUGAAGAAAAACUGCAGUUUUAUCAUGAAUUUUCUUCAUGCAGAAACUGGAUUCUGAUGAUGAUUAAUAAAGUGGACAAUCUUUUUCUA